AUGUCCGCCCGCAAGCCUCACGGCCAGAGCUACGCCGACGUGGCCGCCAAACCUCCGCUGGAGAAGACCGACUCUGAUGUAACUCCAGCAGUCCCAGGGGAUGUCAUUUUCAAGCUGCUCGCCUUCACAGCAGCCAUGGUGGUCGGCCCCAUCGGCAUUUAUUUUCUCACUGUGAAUUCGAUCUUCGGUGGAAAUCCAACAUAUGCCGGAAUCACUGCGGCCCUUACGGCCAACGUGGUCUUAUUCGCGUACAUCUACGUUGCUUGGAAAGAAGACCAAGGAGACCAGCAAGAAGCCGCCAAAGCGAAGUCGAAGAAAGGACAGUAG